CACGCGUUCGUCGCUCAAGCCGCUAGGAAACAGUGCAAUGGUUGACAAGCAUGCGCCUAUGACACAGUCGACACCAAAUGUGAUGCGAAAAGCGUCAAGUGUUAAAGCGCCGGCGCACCACGAGCUUGCAGCAAAUAAGAUUAGCCCCGGCGCACGAACGACCACGGCAUCAACACUGCAGCGUCGAAUGACAGCAGCCGCGUCAGCGACAACGCCGCAGCCAACGCCGACACCAGCGCCGCGGCGAAGCAUUGCAUUGGGUCAAGUCGUCCGCACGCGCCGACCAGACGACGUCGAGCUCAGGCGGCCCGAGACGAUCGAGAUUGUCGUCAAGUACCUCUUGGGCCAAGUCGAAUUGCGCAAAUUUCGGGAGCUCUUUGAUCACAUUGACGUCGAUCGCGCGGGAACCAUCGAUUACGAUGAAUUUUUCGACUUUAUCGAAGACCGACGCACCAAGUUUUCCGACAACUUGUUUCGCCAAAUUGAUCCCAAGUACGACGGCACGUUGGAUUUUGAGCACUUUGUGCACAUUUUGACGUCGUACUGCAUGCGGUCCCGUGAAGAAAUCUUGCAAUUCGCUUUCGAUACGUUUGACGACGACGCCAGCGGGUCUCUCGACGAGCUCGAGUUCAUGGAGCUUGCGAAAAUGAUGCACGACGGCAAGCCCGUGUUUGCGUCCAACUUCAACAAGGCGCUGGCCGAAUUCGACACGCAUGGCGACGGCAUCAUCACCUUUGCAGCGUUCCAGCAAAUCAGCAAGCGGUAUCCGAUGCUGCUCUUCCCCGCGUUCCGGCUCCAGGACCAAAUGCAGCGCAUGAGUCUCGGGCUCAACCACUGGCACAAGAUCCACGUGCGCUACUUUGACGUCGUCUCGAUGGAGGCCUACCGCAAAAAACACAAUGGCGCGGCGCCGCCGAUCCCGACGCUCAAGAAGAUCAAACUCCUCUUUGGCGUCGGCACUUUUGACGUCUACCAGCCGCACACCUAAUCGUCGUUUUUGAAUGUAUCAAUAUAUCAACCCUUUCUGCGUCCCCGA